CCACACAUUACUGAAAAGGUUCAUAAUGAUAACACAUAAAAUAAUAUCUUACAAUAUUGUGAACCCCCUACCAAAAAAAUAAGGUAGCAGAACUCUGUAACAAUUAUUUCACAUAGCAUUACAAAAUAUUUACUUCCCUGACUUCUGCUUUGAAUUAAUCCUGACCAGCACACAAGCACCCACACAACCACUUGCUGAAUUUCCCCUGCACAGCAGAUGGUGAAGAGAAUUGGAAGGGGCAAAGCAAGAAAACGUGUAUCGAGAUAGGAACAAGUGAAUGAAGGGCGAAGAUCCUAUCGAUGCAUCGACUCACCUCCUCCAUGAGGCAAGUGAUGCACAGGUGGUCUGUGAGCAGGACGACAGCACUAGCUCCUGUCUUUUUACAUCUAUCCCAACGUUGAUUCUGGCUGUGGUAUAACUCUCCCUCUGCUCCCUCUGCUGGAGCCUGUCCCAUCAGCAUCCCCUUCCAUCUUGCCUAUUGCUUGCUUACAUGGUGAGGACUGGGGCAGAGUGCAAAACACAGGAAGCCUCACCACUGAGCAGCAGUGCCCAGCAGCAAAGAAAAUGUGUUACUCAUACUCUACUACUCAAAAUCCCGGAUAGGCAUCAUAUCAGCUGCUGCAGAAAGUUAACUCCACACUUACCAGGUCAAUUACUCUUGCUUGCAUAUAAUUUAGAGUCAUUUUUUCAAUUUAAGAUUAAUCUUCUGCUUGAAAUCUUGUUCAUAGCACAGUAAUGACUUUCCAAAAGCCAUUUCCCGUAGCUUGUGCUCUACUUUUGGAUGGUUUUAGGAAAACAGCUGUGCCAUCAAAAGACAUUCAAGGUUUUUUAAUUCUUUGCCUUGUUCCAAUGCAUAGGCAAUGCCAAUUCAGAAAUGUAUCUGCACUGUAGCAAUCAAACCAAAAGAAGGGACCCUCUUAACUGGUGAAACAUGAGGCUUUUGCCCUUUGGCUGCUCCGUUUAGUAUAAUGGAUGUGGAAGGAGAGCCAGUACUUCCUUGCAGCACCUCUUUCUUACAAUAAGCGGGCCCACUCACUGCAGCAAUCGUUUACUGCAACGGAGCAGGAAACAGAACUCGCCUCCCGCCAGCGCUGUCCAUCACGGGACACAGCACCGUCACGCAGCGACCAUGGCGGGAGGAGACGCUGUGGCUGCGGGUGCGCCUGAGGUGCCGCUCGGUGUCAGGGAGCAGCGCGUCCUGGCGAAAGCUGUUGCCGCCUGUUGGCUGUGCAGACACCUGCGGCGGGAGCUGACUCCCUGCUGCGUGGAGCCCUGGAGUGGGGGUUUUCUUCAGCUCUGUGCAUGGAGCCGGUGUAGUCUCUUCCCCACCAGCAGCUGCUGCAAAGCUAGGUGAUACCGUAUUUCUGACCGAAAUAUAUUUUUGACUGAAAUACAGCACGAAGACCCGACGUUGUUUCAAAUACAAACCGUUUUUCCCCUCCCGAAGUAAUGUUCUCACCAAAACACAAAAGCACCGAAAUAGAUCGAAUUUCAGCGUUGACAAUGAGUGGGUCUAUUCCUUUUGUCCCAAGAGACGGCCACGCUUGCCGCCUUUGCUUUCCCACUCGCGCUGCUGAGCAGCCCCACGUUCACCUCACACCACCGGACGCAGCGACCCGCACUUCGGGGCGCCGCUGGUCCCACACCGCGCGCCCUCUUCGACGGACGGUCUGGCGGACCGGGGGCCGGAAUUGCUCCGAGGGAGGGGGGCAGAGCGCCGACACUUCGUUGAGGAAGUGGCCGCGGCUGCGAGAGAAAACGAGGAAGCGGCGGCUCCCGCAACGCCUAGCUUGGGGUACAGCUCCACUCUUGGCGGAGCCGCGCCGCCCUGCUUGCUCCGGGGAGUGGCAGGAGCCGCCGGUGGGCGGCAGUAGGCGGUGAGCGGAGGAGCCGCGGCAGUGGCAUUAAACAUUAAUUGACUACUUGGAAAGAAAAAAAAAAAUCAUGGCUUCCAACACGGCUAGCCCUGCUAACCAUCUGCCUUACUUCUUUGGCAAUAUUACACGCGAGGAAGCUGAGGAAUAUCUGAUGCAAGGAGGAAUGAGUGAUGGACUAUACCUGCUUCGCCAAAGCCGGAAUUACCUAGGGGGCUUUGCCUUAUCCUUGGCCUAUGGAAGGAAGGUUCAUCAUUACACAAUUGAGAGAGAGAUGAGUGGGACAUAUGCUAUUGCAGGAGGCAAAUCACAUGCAAAUCCUGCUGAACUCAUUAACUAUCAUUCAGAGGAAGCAGAUGGCCUUAUCUGUCUACUGAGAAAAUCUUUUAAUCGACCACCAGGCAUUGAGCCCAAAACAGGGCCUUUUGAAGAUUUAAAAGAGAACCUCAUCAGAGAGUAUGUCAAACAGACAUGGAAUCUGCAGGGUCAUGCUCUUGAACAAGCUAUCAUUAGCCAAAAGCCUCAGCUGGAGAAACUGAUUGCCACUACAGCCCAUGAGAAGAUGCCUUGGUUCCAUGGCAGGAUCUCUCGGGAGGAGUCAGAGCAGCGUAUCCUCACUGGAUCAAGAAACAAUGGAAAAUUUUUAAUCCGAGAAAGAGACAGCAAUGGUUCCUAUGCCCUGUGUCUGCUGAAUGAUGGAAAAGUAUUGCAUUACCGUAUUGACAGAGAUAAGACAGGAAAGCUCUCCAUACCAGAUGGAAAAAGAUUUGACACCCUCUGGCAGUUAGUUGAGCAUUAUUCAUACAAACCGGAUGGAUUAUUAAGGGUUCUGACCAUUCCCUGUCCACGACAUGGCUCUGAAAGUGAUAAUGUUUUUGACACUCGUCCUCUUCCUGGAACCCCUUCUAAGAGUUGGGCAGGAGGUGGAAUUAUCUCAAGAAUCAAAUCGUACACCUUUCCAAAGGCUGGCAGCAAAAAGCUCCAGACACCUAUUGGUCCCCCAUGUGAUGACCAGACACCUUUUAAUCCUUAUGUACUGCAAAGGGCAAGAGGUCUAACAGAAGCGGAGAAAGGUGAUCAGAGAGAGGCCUUACCCAUGGACACUGAGGUUUAUGAAAGUCCGUAUGCUGAUCCAGAUGAAAUUAAACCAAAAAAUGUCACUCUUGACAGAAAAUUGUUAACCCUAGAGGAAGGAGAACUUGGCUCUGGCAACUUUGGCACUGUAAAGAAAGGGUUCUAUAAGAUGAAAAAGGGGGCCAAGCCAGUGGCUGUAAAAAUUCUUAAGAACGAGAGUAAUGAUCCAGCCAUAAAGGAUGAGUUACUAAGAGAAGCAAAUGUAAUGCAGCAACUGGACAACCCAUAUAUUGUCCGAAUGAUAGGUAUAUGUGAAGCAGAGGCCUGGAUGUUAGUAAUGGAAAUGGCCGAACUUGGGCCACUGAACAAGUUUUUGCAAAAAAAUAGGCACAUCACAGAAAAGAAUAUAACAGAACUUGUACAUCAGGUUUCCAUGGGGAUGAAAUAUCUGGAGGAGAAUAACUUUGUACAUAGGGAUCUGGCUGCAAGGAACGUGCUAUUAGUCACCCAGCAUUAUGCCAAAAUCAGUGACUUUGGACUAUCUAAGGCUCUUAGUGCUGAUGAAAAUUAUUACAAGGCACAAAGUCAUGGAAAAUGGCCAGUCAAGUGGUAUGCUCCAGAAUGUAUGAAUUUCUACAAGUUUUCUAGCAAAAGUGAUGUCUGGAGCUUUGGAGUUUUAAUGUGGGAAGCUUUCUCUUAUGGGCAAAAGCCCUAUAAAGGAAUGAAAGGCGGUGAAGUUGCACAGAUGAUUGAAAGAGGAGAACGAAUGGAACGUCCUGAAGCCUGUCCAGUGGAAGUCUAUGACUUAAUGAAAUUAUGUUGGACGUACAAUGUUGAUGACCGACCAGGAUUCGUUUCUGUGGAGUUGCGAUUACGGAACUACUAUUACGACAUUUCCCACUAACAGUGGGAACAGCAGCUUGCCUUUCUUCAGCAAAGAGAAGCAGUUCAGAUUCUGAAACUAAGUGACUUAUUUUUGUAGUCACCUUCGCCAUAUAAAGUGGAUAGCUAAGCUCUGUGUGUGAGGUUGCCUUUUUUUUUUUUUUGGCUUUCUUGCGGAAUAUUGAGCUCCAGAGAAGAGCAGCACAACAUAAGUGCAGAUGCAUAGACUUCCAUUAUGUCCAUUUUAUUUACAGCUUAAUUGUCUUUACAUUCCUCUGUCAUGUAAAAAACCUAUUUAAAGCCUUCUUCCUGUUACAUAUUUGAGUGCAGAUGGGGAUUUAAUUUUUUGUUGUUAAUAUUCUUAGCUCUCAAAUUGCGUUGUUCCAGUCUUCUCCCUAUUUGAGAAAGAACAGCAUAAACAUUUUUCACUGUAAAAAAAAUUCACUAUGAUAGUGUCAGUCACUUUGACUAACAUUGGGUUUGAUUUUACCCCCACCAUUAUAACCAAAUUCUUUUUGUUAGUAACAUUUGCAGUCAGGAGCUGGGAGAUGUGAAUUUCUAAAAUAUAGAAAAAUAAAAGGAAUCAUCUACUUCAUUAGGUGUUACCAGUUCCUCUCUUUCCUCAUCUCUUUUGGAAUCCCUAACUGGGAGUUACUUUAUUAAUGGUAAAACCAGCAAAUUCAAGGGCUUGCUCUCACCUUGGGACAAAAGGUAUCAGCACCUAAAGCAAUUACUCUGUCUUUUAACCUGAAGUCCAUCAUUGCAGUUCCUGAAAAGACAGUUGUGCUUCGAAAGUUGAAGGAGCAGCAACUUUCCUUCAUGUUGUUUCAGCCUUCUUUAGAUACAUCUUUUACAUUGUCUUUGGAUAUACCAAAGCUUCUUGUGUUGCAUUUUAAGCAGAACCAUAUCUUUUUUCAAACCUUUCUUCAAAAGCAUAUGUGGUUAUUCACCACAUCUUAUAAAUUCUGAACCUCAAUUUCACUCCCAGCUCAAAUAUUUUGUAAUAGGCUCAUGGAUAUUCACUUUACUUUUGUCCUCUCCUAAAUUCUAGCAUUAUUAAUCCUUGUGAACAUCUCAGAAAAAGGUGUCUGUCUUACCAUAUUUUUUGUGAUGCUCCAAGCAGAGUUUCCAGUACUGUGUAGGUAUAGCAGUGAUAAUAUAAGUUAUGUAAUCAACUUCUGUCCCCAAUUUUUACAUGCAUGUAUUUUUGUUCAAUCUCAUUUUAAAUAUUCUAGAAAUCAAAAUUUUUUCUCUGUGUUCCCCACAAGCAGACAUUUGACACUUCUGUAUAUUUCAGGAGUCUACCAGAUACAGAGAUAUUAGAGGAAUAUGAAAAGUAAGAUUUAGAGUUAGAUAUACCUAUUGCAUACAGAUGUUUGGAACAUAUGUUUUUAAUUGUUAUGUGAACAAGACAUUCUUAGCAAUGAAAUGAUAUUUUUGGGGCAGUUACAUUGAGAAAGUGAAAUAAUAUGAAUAAAAUAUAGCUAUAAAAAUGUUGGAUUUACUGUGAAGCAAUGUAUUUCUUCAUACUAAUUUUAUGGUUUAUUUUAAAAUAAAAGCCAAGUGAUUUUGGUAGUUUAAUUUUUGGGAAUCCAGUGCAAGAUACUUCAGAAAGUACAUUCUACUGAAAGAUACUGAGUGUUAAGGUCAUGUUUUAAAUGUGAUUCAGAUGUAACUUACAUUGAUGAUGAUUUCAUUUUUUGAUUUAUUUUUAACAAACAUUUUUCUACAAGAACUGCUUGUGUAGAUGUUGCUUCUGAUUAUAUAUAGCCAUUUUUUAGCAUUAUCUUUGUUGUAGAGAAGCUGUCAAGCUCUACAUGUGCAAUUAGAACAUUCAUGGGGAUAACAGUUGCAAAACAGUUGCAGAAAUCAAAGCCAAUUGUACGUCCAGUGAGUAACAGCAGUAUUUCCCUGCAAUAUAUGUGUGUGUUUAAGUUUUACCACAUACAGGAAAGUUAAAGAAAACUGAAGGAAUAGUUCUUCUUCUUUCUUUGCAGCAAAUGUCUCUUUCUAGUGUUACUUAAUUGUUCUCAGCUUCACUAUACUGUAAUUAUAUUAAGAAUAUAAAAUAUUGUGAAAUAACUUCUAAAAUUGAGAUUAAAUGCAUUGUUAUAGAAGAUACAUUGUUUUAACAAGAAUUUUUCAAAUUCCUGAAUUUGCUGCUGGUGUGCAAAGCUUGUAUACUUGCUGAAUGCUAUGAUUAUUGUGGAACGCUGAAGACGCAGCUGUACAUGGCCCUGCCACGAGGUGGCAAUACAUGAAUGCUUUUAGGCUGAUGCGCUUGUAUGACUAUUGCUGGCAGUCUGUCCUGUCCUCGUUCUUACUGUGUCAGUGCAGCACAGAGGAGCUUGCUAAUCUAUUUACUGAUUGAUGCAAAGCAGAGCUCCACAUGAGUACAGUUUGUGAAUGAUUUAUACUGUGAAUGAUUGGUUGUGGAUAUUAGCAAAGUAUUUCUGAAGCUCUUUGUGAUCCUUUCUCUGUAUGUGAUGCCGUAAGCGGGAAAUUGCAGUAGCACACUACAGAGUACAUCCCACAGGCGCGUGGAAGAGUGUGAGUGUGGCAUGGACUGACAGAGGACUUACCAGGAUUUAAAUGGACACAGCCUGAAGAUCAAGUCCAUACAAGAAUAUUUCACAUAAUUUUUUUAAAGGAUAAAAGCUGUAGCUAUGUUGAAUACAAGGGAUAUUAAGUCAGCAAUUCAAAUUAGCAGCUUUACAUUUCAUGAGGACAAAACCAUUGUAUAUCAUGCAGAAAAUGAUUUAAAAAAAAAAAAAAAAA